CCGAAGACAAAGUUCCACAGAGCAGAUUAAGCAAAAAGCCUGAGGAGUGAGGACUAGCUAGCGUUCAAUUACCUACCAAAUUCAGUGUAAGCAGAAAUCUAUAUAUACAUACAUAUAUAAUGGACACAGUGAGAAGGUUGAUUGGUGAGAGGCCAGUGGUGAUAUUCAGCAAGAGCAGCUGCUGCAUGAGCCACUCAGUCAAGGCUCUGAUAUGCAACUUUGGAGCAAACCCCACAGUGAUAGAGGUUGACAAAUUGCCAAAGGGGCAGCAAGAACAGGUGGAGACAGCACUGCUCCAAUUGGGUUGCAACCCAAGCGUACCAGCUGUGUUCAUAGGCCAGCAGUUCAUCGGCGGUGCCGCUCAAGUCAUAAGUCUCAACGUUCAAAACAAGCUUAAUGAGCUGCUUUUAAAGGCUCGAGCUAUUUUUGUCUAAGGCUCUCUCUUAGCUUCUCACGCCCCGUGUGGUAAUCCCUUUCACACGCCCUUUUUUCCAGCGUUCUUUCGUCUUGUGUCUUUUUGCGCCGUCAACGCAUCUCACGAGAAACUUUUGUAAAACAUAAUGUAUGUCUGCUGUAAUGCGAGCGUAAGGUUUACUUUUUA